UGAGGUUAUAUACUCGAAGUCUCGGCACGAAGGUACAUUUAAACUGAUCUGUGAGGUGAGGAGAGACGCGACAGCGAGGAGACACUAUCACAACAACACCAGGAAUAAACACCCGCGUCGAGUAUCCUCUGCGCUUUUUUGGGAGCUUGUUUGGGGGAGAAAAAGAAAAAAAAGAUUUGGAGAUGUCCAACGUCCAGUUAUCGUGCAGUGCGCUGGAGAGGCUGGUGGCCAGGAGGACCUUCCCUCUCCACAGACGCACGAGCGUCUGUCGCAACCUCUUCGGACCCGUGGAUCACGACGAGCUGAACCGGGACAUGAAAGCCAGGAUGCUGGAGAUUUCCGAGCGCGACCAGCAGAGGUGGAAUUUUAAUUUCGAGGCCAACACCCCGCUGGACGGGGAUUACGAGUGGGAAGAGGUGCCCGUGGAUAAGACCCCGGAGUUUUAUCAGGACUCUGUACAAAACGACAGGAGCCGGGUCCCCGCGACGCCCGUCAAAACGCAGGCGCCUUCCUCGGAGCCUGCUCCAGCGCCGGAGACGCCGCUCAUGGAUGUGCUGGAGCGCCUGGUGGUGCCCGACAGCAGCGGCAGCGCUCCCUGCCAGGUUAAGGUCAACCAGGAGAACCGCACAGACAAGCUCAACUCAGGGAAGACGAAUCACAGACACGUCCCGUGUGUGCGACGCAAGAGGACGCCCAGCGCUGACAACAACACGCACAUCACAGACUUUUUUGUGAAACGAAAGAGAGCUGACAGAAAAGCUGACACGAGUGGCUGUCAUCUCUCCAAAUCUCCAAUCCCCGUGGAACAGACUCCACGAAAGAGAAUCCGUUGAAAGAGGUUUUUUCUCUUGUCGUCGUUGCACUACUUUGCCUUUACGCAAUUUGGGAAGAAGGUGAAGACGUUUUGUCCCCCCCAUCCCCCGCUUCUCUGACGCUGGAGAGGAGGACGCGGACGAAGAUGCGGGGAGGACGGAGCCCCGCCGCUCGGCUGCUGCGGCUCGGCAGAGCGGAGCCUCAGCACCGGAGCAGACUCUCAGGACCGAACGGUUUGGGGCGGAGGUAGAGGAGGAGGAGAAGAGGGCGAACUCAGCCGAAUGACAUCUAUCCAGUACAAAUGUAGCAUUCAUUAUUGCUUUUGCAUACAGCCACUCGACAGUGUUAAAUGUUUUAACAUCUGUGCAAUCCUAAAUUACUUAAAAAAUGUCUACACUGGCCAAAAGUGUACAGCUUUAUAGAGACAAUAGUAUACAAAUGUUUAUUUCUUUUGUUUGUUUCUGUAAAUGUAUAUUUUUUAAGACUAUUCUAACUUAUAAUUUAUUUAUGUUUCCUUAUAUUUGUCGAAUGCCUUGUUGAUUUAGCCAAAGGGCAUAUUCUAUUUCUUAUUUUAUUUUAAUUUUAUUAUUUACAUUUUUUAAUGUGAUUUUUGCAAUCAUGUAGCUUACCCAUAGUCCACACUUGAAAAAGUAGGUUUCUUUGUGUUUCUGAGCCGUUGUUGUUGACGUUGUUUUUCUGUGUUUUUUCGUACCUACAAGUGCCCUAAUAAUGUCUUGCAAAAGAUGGGAAUAAAAAUUAUUUUUCACUUUAA